UUUCUGGCCCCUCCUUCGUUUCUUUUUAUCAUCCCCUGUUUUCCUCAACAAAUUCUCCCUUCCCCGCCGUCUCUUUCUUUUCAAAAUUCCCCCUUUCUUCUUCUUUAUUGAAACCCUAGAUUUGGGUUUUGAGUUUGCAGUUACUACAUCUAUCAAUUGAGUGGGAAAAAAUUGAUUGUGAUUAUGCAGCGAAUGAUGGAGAACAGAGAUUUAAAUCUUGAAUAUAGUCACCAACAGUUGGGUUUUGAUUUAGGACAUAGUAAUGAUUUUGAUUUAGGUAAUACGGUCGUCCAUGAACUACAAAGCUUUAGUUUACAGCAAAAUCAUCACGACGUGAACAACAACAGAAACAACCAGAUUGUAUUAGAUUUGGGGCAGAACCUGUACCCUGAACAUUGCGGGAGUGUGGAUGAUGAGCAGGAUCAUAGCUUGGGUUGGGGAGAUGAUAAUGAAUUAGGAAUUGUUGUUGUUUCAGAUAAUGGGAAUGAUUUUCAGCAGAAUUCAGAAUUAGUUGUGUAUGAGAACCAGGAGAUGGGUCUUGAAGCAGCUGCUACUAAUGAUGAUAUGGUUCAGCAGCAUCAAUUGUUACUGACUAGUCCUGUUGUUCAGUCGCGCGAGCUUGCACCGAAUCCUAACUAUGAAUUGGCUCUUGGACAUGAGUUCUCGGAUGUUAAGAGUUGUAGAAGAGCUGUAAGGGAUGCAGCAAUUGCUCUUCAUUUUGAGAUACAGACUGUCAAGUCUGAUAAGACUCGGUUCACAGCCAAGUGUGCUAGUGAAGGAUGUCCAUGGAGGGUUCAUGCUGCAAAGCUUCCUGGCGUUCCUACAUUCACCAUUAGGACCAUUAAUGAAGGACAUACAUGUGGAGGUAUCACACAUCUUGGUCAUCACCAAGCUUCGGUUCAAUGGAUUGCAAACACUGUUGAACAGCGCCUUAGGGAGAAUCCGGAAUGCAAGCCAAAGGAUAUACUCGAAGAGAUCCAUAGAGCUCAUGGGAUCACAUUAUCGUAUAAGCAAGCAUGGAGAGGAAAAGAGCGGGUUAUGGCUGCUGUUCGUGGCUCGUUUGGAGAAGAGUAUCGUCUCCUUCCCAAGUACUGUGACCAAAUCAAACAAACAAAUCCAGGGAGCAUUGCAUCAGUUUACGGGAAUCCACUGGAUAGCUGCUUCCAGCGUCUCUUUGUUUCAUUUCAAGCAUCAAUCUUCGGUUUUGUGAACUCUUGUCGGCCAUUACUUGGUCUUGAUAGAACACUUUUGAAAAGCAAGUACCUUGGGACCUUACUGUUCGCCACUGGUUUCGAUGGUGAUGGUGCUUUGUUUCCUUUGGCUUUUGGAGUAGUUGAUGAGGAAAGUGAUGAUAACUGGAUGUGGUUCUUAUCCGAGCUUCACAACCUGCUAGAGGCUAAUACGGAGAACAUGCCAAUGCUCACCUUCUUAUCUGACAGGCACAAGGGUAUCGUAGAUGGGGUUGAAGCAAAUUUUCCAACUGCUUUUCAUGGAUUUUGCAUGCGUUAUCUUAGUGAUUGCUUUCGAAAGGAAUUCAAUAAUACAAUACUGGUUAAUCUUCUAUGGGAAGCUUCUUGGGCUCUUACUGUGUUUGAGUUUGAUGCCAAAAUAAUGGAGAUUGAAAAAAUUGCACAAGAUGCUGCUCGCUGGAUUCGAGAAAUACCACCACGUCUUUGGGCUACAGCUCAUUUUCAAGGAUCACGUUCCGCGCAAUUGACGGCAAACAUAGUUGAAUCCUUGAACUCUUGGAUAACUGAAGCGUCUGGACUUCCUGUAAUUCAGAUGAUGGAAUGCAUCCGUAGGAAGCUUAUGACUUGGUUUAAUGAACGCCGUGAAACAAGUAUGCAAUGGACUACAAUACUUGUGCCAUCUUCUGAGAGAAGGGUUGCUGAGGCUCUAGAGCGGGCUUGCAGUUAUCAAGCGCUCCGUGCUAACGAAGCUGAAUUUCAAGUGAUUUCCCAUGAAGGAACAAAUAUUGUGAAUAUUCGAAGCCGUUGUUGUUCUUGUAAUGGAUGGCAACAUUAUGGGCUUCCAUGUGCCCAUGCUGUUGCAGCGCUUCUCUCUUGUGGGCAGAAUGUCCAUCGAUUCACUGAAAGUUGUUUCACUGUUACAACUUACCGGAAAGCAUACUCGCAGACUCUGCAUCCUGUUCCUGACAAGACCCUUUGGAAAGAAUCAUCUGAGAAUGGAGAUCCAGCUGCUGAAGUACUGAUCAAACCACCUAAGUCACUUAGACCACCUGGUCGUCCAAGGAAGAAGCGUGCUCUUACAGAAGAUCAUGGUCGUGUGAAGAGAGUUGUCCGUUGCAGUCGGUGCAACCAAACAGGUCAUUUUAGAUCAACAUGUGCAGCACCCAUGUAAGGCUUCCAUUUUCUAGUGCUUUUGUGCAGAUAUAGGUAAAUUUAUUCCAUGUCAUUAGGAUUAUUGUUAAGUUCAUUGGCUGCAUUAAACAAAUCUCAUCAUAGUUAAAUAUGUCAUUUUAUUUCAUCCUUUACUUA